AUGGCAGAAAACGGCGGGGACAGUACUACCAUCCCUCUAAUUCAAGAUGCGAUGGCGGAGAAGAUCAGUGGCGGAAGAGAGAGGCGGCGGCCAAAAGAACCAUUAUGGAAAGGAGAAGUAGUGAAAAGUAUAGUUUAUGCAGGACUAGAUGCCAUUGUUACUUCCUUUUCCCUCAUUUCUUCCAUCUCUGCCGGCCGUUUAUCUUCUGUUGAUGUGUUGGUUUUGGGGUUUGCAAACUUGGUGGCCGAUGGGAUAUCAAUGGGGUUUGGAGACUAUGUUUCGAGCAACACUGAGCGAGAUGUGGCGGCAAAAGAGCGGCUUGUGGCGGAAUGGGAAGUAACCAACCGCCGGAGGAGACAAGAACAAGACUUACUUCUUCGCUAUCAGGCUCUUGGCAUGAACACCCAAGAUGCAACCACGGUUGUGAACAUCUUUUCAAAGUAUAGCAACAUAAUGAUAGAUGAAAACAUGGUCCAAAACGGAAUCCUAUCACCAGACGAGGGUGAAAAGCCAUGGAAAAAAGGCCUAGUAACCUUUGGUGCAUUUUUAGUGUUUGGGAGUGCUCCAAUCCUUGCAUUCAUCAUCCUUAUCCCGUUCACACACAACGAUACUCACAAAUUCAUCGGUGCAUGUGUUAUGUCUGCCCUUGCCUUGGCCACACUUGGAAUCGCUAAGGCGAGGAUUGCUGGUCAAAAUUACGCAAUGUCGAUCGUCGGAACCCUCUUCAAUGGCGCAAUUGCUGGUUUUGCAGCUUAUGGAAUUGGUUGGGUGUUAAGGGAUGUGGCUGGCUUAGAAGAUUAA